AUGACGCUGUUUGACCAAGCACUGAACAUGUCAAUCAUCUUCAACCCCGACACUUACCUACCCUUCGCUAUCCGCACAUACGAAGACCAUCCCUUUUUCGGUCCUUCGACGAACGAUCUCCGAGUAUACGACUUUAUCUCGGUUAACGGCCUCAUGAUACCCCGUCAUUACAAGACCAUAUACAACAACCAGCGCUUAUGCAUCGACUUCCUUGCAGAUGACAUAUCGGUCAACACUGAAGUCGAGCCAUCGUUCUUCGAUGUCUCCGCCGAACGCGGCGAACUGAGCAUUCCCGUUGUUGACCCCGCCCUGACAGCUGAGAUCGGUGAGAAGUACACGAAUUACAUCUGGUUCGGUCGGAACAACUUCACAGUCGAGUCGCUCAGUGGAUCGCAACCGUACGCAGAUCUACCCGGCGUCUGGGUCGUCCGACCACCUGGUGUAUCCGCGUACCGCCAGAUCCUGCUUGAAACUGACACCUAUGUUGCUGUUCUGGAUGCUCCUGCUGAAAUCGUGGCGGUCUUGCUCGAAUGGGUCAGGAUCAACAUUGGAAAGCCAGUGUCGCAGGUGUGGGUAAGUCGGCGAUCUCAAUAUGCCUAA